UUUCUGCUUUACCGGCAAACAAAAUGUUUCGUAAUCAGUACGAUAAUGAUGUUACUGUAUGGAGUCCUCAGGGCCGAAUCCAUCAAAUUGAAUAUGCUAUGGAGGCUGUCAAACAGGGCUCAGCUACGGUGGCCUUGAAGUCCAAGAGUCAUGCAGUUCUAGUUGCCCUCAAGCGAGCUCCUUCAGAGUUAUCAGCUCAUCAGAAGAAAAUCCUUCCAGUUGACAGUCACGUUGGUAUUUCAAUAGCRGGUCUCACUGCAGAUGCCAGACUGUUAAGUAAGUUCAUGCGUAGCGAAUGCCUCAAUUCAAAGUAUGCAUACAACACAAGACUUCCAGUUUCCAGACUYGUCAGUGCUGUUGGUGACAAAAUGCAGAUUCCAACUCAGAGAUAUGGCAGACGUCCCUAUGGUGUUGGUCUUCUUGUAGUUGGUUAUGAUGAGAUGGGUACCCAUAUAUUCCAGACAUGUCCUUCUGCCAAUUACUUUGACUGUAAGGCCAUGGCUAUUGGAGCACGCUCACAGUCUGCAAGAACAUACCUAGAGAAACACCUUGAUGCCUUUGUGGAUUGUGAGCCAGAAGAAUUGAUAAAACAUGGUCUUUUGGCCCUGAGAGAAACUUUACCUAAURAACAAGAACUUACAACUAAGAACUGUUCAAUUGGUUUAGUUGGACUCAAUCAGGAUUUUGUAACCUAUGAUGACGAUGCCGUAGCACCAUUU